GUGCGCGCGCGCAACACGAGAGCGCAGCUGCUCUGGGGCGAGCCGGGGCUGAGGCGGCUGGAAAAUCUCUCCGGGAUGCGCUUUCUAAGCGGGCGCCUGCCACCGGCUGCUUUGGGUCCCCGUUGAGGAAUUGCUCGCUUUCCCUUGGCUGCUUGCUGGAGCGGUUGACCCGGAGACCGGGCGCUGCUGGUUUGAGGAAUAGAGAACGCGGCGGACAAGCGUUGGGAGGCUUAGAGGUAGCUGAGCCGGCUUGGAAAUGCUAACCCGGAGGCGUCUGCUGCUCGCUUUCCUCCAGCUCUUCUGCAUCCUCCGAAUAGAAUUGAUUUCUGGAUAUCAGAGACAACAGCGGAAAAUUAUUCAGGACUGGUCCUAUUCGGGAACAUUAAAUCAAACAAACUGGGGGAAAAGAUAUCCAGUGUGUAAUGGUGCCAAACAGUCACCUAUUAAUAUUGAUGAAGAUCUAGCUCCAGUAAAUAUAAAUCUUAAGAAAUUGCAGCUUCAAGGCUGGGAAAAUGAAACAUCAAAUGAAACUUUAAUCUACAACACAGGCAAAACAGUGGAAAUUAAUUUGACAAAUGAAUACAGUGUUACUGGAGGAGGCUUAGAGGGAGUAUUUAGAGCAAGCAAGAUAACAUUCCACUGGGGAAAAUGCAAUGCGUCACAUGAUGGAUCUGAACAUAGUAUAGAUGGACAAAAGUAUCCUCUUGAGAUGCAAAUCUACUGUUAUGAUGCAAAUCAAUUUGAGAAUAUAGAUAAGGCAAUUGAAGGAAAUGGAAAAAUAAGAGCUUUAUCAGUUUUAUUUGAGGUUGGUUUGGAAGAUAAUUUGGAUUAUAAUUCAAUUAUCGAUGGAGUGGGUAGUGUUAGUCGCUUUGGGAAGAAAACUGAACUGAACCCUUUCAUAUUAUUGAAUCUUUUGCCAAAUUCAACUGACAAAUACUACACUUACAAUGGAUCUUUGUCAACUCCUCCCUGCUCAGAGACAGUUGAAUGGAUUGUAUUUAAAGACACUGUUAACAUUUCUGAAAGCCAGCUGGCAGUAUUUUGUGAGGUCCUUACCAUGCAACAGUCUGGUUAUGUGGUGCUGAUGGACUACCUGCAGAAUAAUUUCAGAGAACAACAGCAUCCAUUUUCUGUCAAGAUCUUUUCCUCUUAUACUGGCCAGGAAGAAAUUAAUGCAACAGUUUGCAGCUUAGAACCAGGAAAUGUCCAAACUGAUCCAAAGAACUAUACCAGCCUUCUGGUAACUUGGGAAAGGCCACGAGUAGUGUAUGACCCAAUGAUUGAGCGAUUUGCUGUUUUAUAUCAACAGCUAGAUGGAGAAGACCAGACACUGCAUGAACAUCAAACCGAUGGGUAUCAGGACUUGGGAGCCAUUCUGAACAACCUGCUGCCUAAUACCAGUUAUGUAGUUCAGGUCGUUGCUAUUUGUUCUAAAGGCGUCCGUGGAAAAUACAGUGAUCAGGUGAUUGUUGACAUGCCUUUGGAUGAUCCAGAAAUUGAAUUUCCUGACUUGACUGGGCCUGACGACUAUGAGGAGGAAGAUGAAAUGGAGGAGGCCAGGGCAGGAGUAGGUGAUGAAGCUGCAGUAAUUACCAGCACAGAUAGUGUAACAAACCAAAUAAGGAAAAAAGAAUUCCAAGUGACAACAUCUAGUUACAGUCUGGAGAGGAUGGGGACAAAAUUCAAUGAAGCGGGAACACACAGAUACUUAGCAAGGGAUGAAGACUCAUAUGGAAAAAAUGAUCAGUCCAAAGCAAUUCAUCAUCCAACUUCUCAGUCAACUUCUGAAAUACCAAAGAGAGAAAAAGAUAGCUCUGUGGAAUCUCACCUGGUUACUGCAAUUGUCCCUCCAGCUAGCAGCUCCACUAAAGGUAAUGGGGAAGAAUAUGCACCCACUUCUGACAAUGAGCAGACAACAAUUGCUGCUUCUGAUAAUAGUGAAGAUGAUAUAGAGGUUUCUGCUUUUAAACCUGAUCUAGAUACUGAUGACUCUUGGAAUUCUAGUCCUGUCACCUCUUCUAAGUGGUUAGUUACUGCAGAGACAACCCCAGAAAACAUGUUUAGUUCAGGAAGCCCAGAAGCAAGCAUACAUGAGGAUUUCUCUGAAACCUAUAUUAAAAUUCCAUCAGAAGACUUAACACAUCCAAGACCUGAAGAUUCUACAGAAAAAGUAUCUAUACUUGACAGGAAUUCAUGGUAUCUUAAUAAUACAGAUGUUACUGCCAUCUCGUUGGAUAAUACACAGUUUUUUCACACUAGUCCCCCAAAUCCUGCUUCAGUGCCUUAUCCUAACGGUCCAGUGCUCUCGCAAGAUGCUUCUGCUGUGGAUAUAGAAUUGCCACAUUCUCCUAUCUUUGCUUACUCCCCUGCUGAGUUGUCACCUUACUCUGUCUCUGCAAAUUUUGAAGAACAUGAUUCUGCUACUUCUGCCAGUGAGGCACUAUCUCAGACAACUCAACCAGUGUACAAUGGUGAGAUACCACUUCAACCUUCCUACAGUAGUGAAGUGUUUCCUCUAGUCACCCCUUUAUUGUCUGACGCUCAGAUGCUCAACACUUCCCCCGCUGCAUCAAGUAGUGGUGUCACCUUGCAUGCUACACCUGUAUUUCCCAGUGUUGAUGUGUCAUUUGAAUCCACCCUGUCUUCCUAUGAUGAUGUGCCUUUGCUUCCAUUUUCCUCUGCUUCCUCCAGUAGUAAAAUGUUUCACCGUCUGUUUAUGGUUUUGCAAACAUUCCCGCAAGCUGCUGCAACUGUUGAGAGUGAUAAGGUAUCUCUGCAUGCUUCUUUGACAUUGGCAGAAGGUGGUGUAUUAAUGCAGUCAAGCUUUGCUCCAUUUGUUGAUGUGACAUCACAUCAGACAGUCCACACUGCUUCAGAGACAUUGCUAUUUGAUUAUGAUAGAACUCACUUGUCCCAGGCUGAAACACCCAGCAGUGAUUUAGAUGUGCAUGCACUGUCUACAAUGUCUGAACUUAACUAUGCUUUCUAUGCUCCCUAUUACUCUUCAGAAGUUGGUCAUGGUUCUGUUGACACCUUUCAACAGGGUCUGCUGUUUAGCAGCUAUAGCAAUGUGCUGGUACAUAAGCCUUCUUCUGCAGUCCCACAAGCUGAUCCUUUGCUGCCGCCUACAUGUUCUUUGUCUAGCAAAAUGGAACAGUCUAAUGCAUAUUCUGGUAGUGAGUCCCCUUUGCCUGACACAGAUAUUUCGACUGUGCUUAAAGCUUCUGUGCACAAUCCUUCCAGUGAAUUGAUAGGCAGCACACCUGGGUAUUGUGGUGAUGUUGAGACACUGCACAAAAACAGUGUGAUGCAUGGAUAUGACACAGAACUGCAAAUUCCUUCUUUUGAUGAAGUGGCUUCACCUGCUGAAAAUGAUAUGCUGACUGAACUUCCAACAGCAGUUUCUAGUGAUGACACUAAUCAGCAGGAUACAGCCUUUCAAGAAAUCCUCGUUACUGUUUCUAGUGCAAAGGGAAUCCUUCCAGAGUCUUUUGCUUUUCCUGUUACUAAGGUGUUUGAUUCUGCUGUUAGUCAGCUCUCAGAAAGUCAUGUUCAUGUUCCUAGUCAACCUUUGCAUGUUACAACCCCAGCUUUUGAUGAUACUUUGCUUAAACCUGUGCUUAGUCCGAUCUCAGAGCAAGCUUUCUCUAUCCCUGCUUCUAGCAACUUAGUGUCUCCUUCCAACCAAAAGUAUUUUUAUGAGGCUUCGGCUACAUUAGUUAAUAACAUAUUGCUGAAAACUUCCUUUCAUACGUCUGAUGAUGGUACACUACUUAGAACUGUAUCUAGAGAUCCAGUAUUGAUUGAAAAAACCUCCAGGGCUGAUAAUGGUAGUUCUACACUUGACCAAAUAUUGCACCAAAUGGCACCAGGUUUUGCUGUAAAUACAACCAUGUUGCAUUCUGCAUUUGUGUCACCAACUGUAAAUAGCUCAUAUACUACCAGUAAUGGAAGUUUAACUGUUUCUAAUGCAAGUGAUGAAUAUAUUUCCCAAAAUUUGCUUAAUAGUGAAGACAUACACUAUGUUGCUUCUUCACUGCACAGUAAUUCUGAGUUAUAUCAAUCAACCAGUUUAGAAAAUGCAAAUGCAUUUUCCCCCGAAGCAGCAAACACACUGACUAACCCUGUCUUGCCAACUGAUGUAUUGCCAAAUACAUUUAUUCAUGCUGCCAGCCAUAGUCUUUCAAGUGUUUCUCAACAGUAUGAGGUUUUUACCUCUUACUUGGGUUCAUAUAUUGUUGAUAUUACACAUCCUUUGCCAGAAGGAACUUCUAAUUCUAUUCCUCAUUCCUUUACAAAUGUACCAGAUAUGCAUGUUAUCUUUUCAGCUGAUUCUCCCAGCACUGAAGGUGAUAUUACUUUAAACACAUUUUUAACUCUGGCUAAAACAACCACUCAGUUGUCCACUACUGCCAGCUCUGGUGCUGAUUUGCGGUCUUCUAUUGUUGAUGAAGAUUAUGAUGAGUAUGAUAGCGGCUUACCGAUGAAUGGUUGUCAAAUGUGCAUUUCCCAUAGAGACACUCAGGAGGAGGUAGAUGAACCAGAUUCAAAGGUAAACAUUGUGAAUGGGCAGCAUAAUCUGAUUACAAAUUCACACUUUGAACUACCUGAAGAAAAAGAGAAAAAAGCUACAGUCACUCCAUCAGAUCACAGGAUAACGCAUGAUGUAGACUGGAUGAAACUCAUACCACUCUCAGGACUGGCUUUGAACAUCAAGGCUAAAAAACAGAGUGAUCCAUCCAUACUGGACAACCAAAUUCAGACUGUUAGCAACCCAUUGCAGAAAGCACAGAAGUCUAAGUCAUGGGCAGUUUUGGCAGCCAAUGAAGAGAGUGGUUCUGGUCAAGGUACCUCAGAGAACCUUAAUGAUAAUGAGACAUCAACAGAUUUCAGUUUUUCUGACCUUAAUGACCGCAACUCUGAGGGAACAGCUGGAGCAGGUAACUCACGAUUAACGUCUGGAUCACAACGAUCAUCCAUAGCAUCCAUGCCUAGCGGUCACUCAUCAGUAUUCAACGUUUCUGAGGCAGAGGCAAGUAAUAGUAGCCAUGACCUUCUAAUAGGUCUCGCUGAACAGAAGACAGUUAUACCACUUGUGGUCGUAUCAGCUCUGACUUUCAUCUGUCUAGUGAUUCUUGUUGGUAUUCUCAUAUACUGGAGGAAAUGCUUCCAAACGGCACAUUUUUAUUUAGAAGAUAACACAUCACCUCGGGUAAUAUCCACUCCCCCAGCACCAGUCUUCCCUGUGUCAGAUGAUGUUGGAGCAAUCCCAGCAAAGCAUUUUCCAAAACAUGUUGCAGAUUUACAUGCCAGCAAUGGGUUUACUGAAGAAUUCGAGACACUGAAAGAGUUUUACCAGGAAAUCCAGAGCUGUACUGUAGAUCUAGGUAUUACCUCAGACAGCUCUAACCACCCUGACAACAAGAAUAAGAAUAGAUAUAUAAACAUUGUGGCCUAUGAUCACAGUAGGGUUAAGCUUGCACAGCUUUCAGACAAGGAUGGAAAACUGACUGACUAUAUUAAUGCCAACUACGUUGACGGUUAUAACAGACCAAAAGCUUACAUUGCAGCUCAAGGGCCUUUAAAAUCAACAGCUGAAGAUUUCUGGAGAAUGAUAUGGGAACAUAAUGUGGAAAUCAUUGUAAUGAUAACCAACCUUGUUGAGAAAGGAAGGAGAAAAUGUGACCAGUACUGGCCUGCUGAUGGUAGUGAAGAAUAUGGAAACUUCUUAGUCACUCAAAAGAGCAUUCACGUGCUUGCCUAUUACACUGUGAGGAAUUUUACUAUUAGGAACACUAAGGUGAAAAAGGGUUCCCAGAAAGGCAGGACCAGUGGCCGCUUAGUUUCUCAGUAUCACUACACUCAGUGGCCUGAUAUGGGUGUACCUGAAUAUACUCUACCAGUGCUCACAUUUGUUCGAAAAGCAUCAUAUGCCAAGCGCCAUGCUGUGGGACCAGUUGUGGUUCAUUGCAGUGCUGGUGUUGGAAGGACAGGCACAUAUAUAGUAUUAGAUAGUAUGCUACAACAGAUUCAGCAUGAAGGAACUGUCAACAUAUUUGGAUUCCUGAAGCACAUACGAACACAAAGGAACUACCUAGUUCAGACAGAGGAACAGUAUGUCUUUAUUCACGAUGCACUUGUAGAGGCAAUACUUAGCAAAGAAACAGAAGUAUCUGAAAGUCACAUUCACGCCUAUGUUAAUUCUCUCUUAAUUCCUGGGCCAACAGGAAGAACAAGACUAGAGAAGCAGUUCAAGCUUCUGAGCCAGGCUAAUAUACAGCAGUGUGAUUAUUCAACUGCAUUGAAACAGUGUAACAGAGAAAAGAACAGGACCUCAUCCAUCAUUCCUGUGGAACGAUCUAGAGUUGGUAUUUCAUCAUUGUCGGGUGAAGGUACAGACUACAUCAAUGCCUCCUAUAUUAUGGGUUAUUAUCAAAGCAAUGAAUACAUUGUUACCCAGCAUCCUCUGCUACAUACCAUCAAAGAUUUCUGGAGAAUGAUAUGGGACCACAAUGCUCAGAUCAUUGUAAUGCUUCCAGAUAGUCAAAAUAUGGCUGAAGAUGAAUUUGUUUACUGGCCAAACAAAGAGGAGCCUAUCAAUUGUGAAAGCUUUAAAGUCAGUAUGAUUUCAGAAGAACAUAAGUGUUUGUCCAAUGAAGAGAAACUUAUAAUCCAAGAUUUUAUUUUAGAAGCUACUCAGGAUGACUAUGUAUUAGAAGUGAGGCAUUUUCAGUGUCCUAAGUGGCCAAAUCCAGAUAGCCCUAUUAGCAAAACUUUUGAACUUAUAAAUGUUAUCAGAGAAGAAACGUCCAACAGAGAUGGACCCAUGAUUGUGCAUGAUGAACACGGAGGAGUAACGGCAGGUACUUUCUGUGCAUUAACAACGCUCAUGCAUCAGCUAGAAAAUGAAAACUGCGUAGAUGUUUAUCACAUUGCGAAGAUGACAAAUUUGAUGAGGCCUGGAGUAUUCACAGACAUAGACCAGUACCAGUUUCUGUACAAAACUAUCCUCAGUCUCGUUAGUUCCAGGCAAGAAGAAAAUCCUUCAGUAUCCAUAGACAGUAAUGGCUCUGCUUUACCAGAUGGCAAUGCAGCAGAGAGCUUGGAAUCAUUAGUUUGACUACAACCAGUGUCCAGCAUUCAGCGGUUAUUCAGAGAUGGAUUUUUUCAGUAUCAUUGCUUUCACUUAUACAGAAAUAUGUUGAGAGAACAGAAUUACUCAGUUAAUUGAUUAUCUUUUUUAUAUUUCCCCUACUGGGAAAAAACCCCCACAAUUGUUAUAUAACUUUAUUGCUGAACUUAUAUCUUUAACUAUGUGUGCCUUUUUGAAGAAAAAAAAUCUUGUUAUGUUUGGACUAAUUUGAUUGAACUUUAAUGUAUUUCUAAGACUGAAGUUGUGGUCUCUCUUAACUUUGCAUUUCUCUGGCUUUAUUUUAACUUAAAUUUUACCAUAACUUUAGUUACUAAGGGUUCUCAACAACACUGUCAUUUUUAAUAUCUACCUUACUUGCUGUUAUUUAUAGCAUUUCUUAUGUUUGCUAGAAAUAUAACUUUUAAUAUGGUAGACUGUAAAUAUAAUACUGUUAUCUGUAAUAUUCAACAUUUUAAGAUUUUGGUAGGCAUUUAGAAUAGUUGAUACUUACUGUAAAUAUUUCUAUAGUAAUUCGAUGGACCAAAUUUAUAUUUAUAAUUGUAGAUUUUUUAUAUUUUACUACAGAGUCAGUUUUCUAGUUCUGUGUACUUGCAUUGUUAAAAUGUGGUAGUUCAGUACCUGUUUUUAAUUUUAACAAAGAUCUUCUGAUAUUAUUAUUAUGCAUCAUUUGUGAGUAACCGUAUCUCUGCAUGCAAUUUUGAUUUUUGUGAGGAACUGAAAAAAUACUUGUUUUGAAAUUAUACAUUUCUACGCGAAUAACAUCUGUAUUCAACAUUGUUUAAACUGUUUUUACCAGAGACAUUGCAAAAAUAAAUAUCAAUAUUCCAGUUUGUGACUUAA